AUGCAGAGAUACAUGAGCGAGGAUUCGAACCUCGCACAGGAUUUUGCGCAGAUUGGCAUCGAUUCCGUGAUCGAUUUAGAAUACUCGGCUGAUGAUAUGAAGAGGAUAGUUAAGCUCGCUAAUUUGCUGGGCAUAAAAGUUAUUCCAGAAAUUGACGUUCCUGCUCAUACGACUAGUUGGACGAGAGGGUAUCCAUGGUUGACAGGAGAUGCUAAAUUCUGGAUGGACCCUAUAAGAAAGGAAACGAGGAAUAUGGUUGUUGAUGUUGUGUCUAAGGUUGUGGACAUAUUCUACAGUGGAAAAGGAAAAAUUAAUAAUGGAAAAAAAGUGGUACAUCUCGGUGGAGAUGAGAUAUGGAACGCCUGGGAUACGCCAGCUCUCGAGGAGUGGACGCGAAAAAAUGGGAGAUUCCAUAAUCGCACUGAUUUGGUAGAUUACUGGAUUGCCAAUACCAUCGCUGGAAUAAAGGAAAAAACUGGUGCUGAAGUUUAUCUAUGGAAUGAUUUUUUGGACCAGCACACGACGCAAGCUGAUGUGAUAGAUGCCUGGCAGAUUUGGCUCUAUGAUAUACCAAAAACGCUCAAAAUGGCCGCUUCGGGAAAGUUUAAAAAUCUUCUCUACAGUUCGGCAUUUUACUUGGAUCAUCUCAACGACGACUGGGCUAAGUUCUAUGAUGUGCCAUUGACAAGAGAUAAGGACGGCAUUUUGAAAGGUGGCGAAGCUUGCAUGUGGGGAGAAUCUGUUGAUGAUAGUGUGUUCAUGCCAAGAGUAUGGCCUCGAGCCGCCGCAGUUGCAGAGAGACUGUGGUGCGCUGACGAAAGGAUAUGUCCUUUUAAGCACGCCUGGGCUGUUAAUAGGCUCGCGAGGACGAGAUGUUUCCUCUCUGCCCAAGUGCUUGGGGAGAAAACUCCAUCUGAUAUCUCGCCGAUUGGGAAUUAUCAGGAUAUGACUAAUCACGACAGUCUAUACAUAUUCCAUUUGAAUGAUGAUCAGUGGUGGUGUAAAGAAUGGACGACGACAGCCGAUAGUGAAAUGGAAUAAUAUUAUCUUGGCCACAUCGAAUAUUAUUAUUAUUUGGAAUUUUCAUGUAUUGAUGUCCCCUCGAGGAUAAUCAAAGCAUCUUUAUUUGCUUAUUUUUCUCGGUCUUUGUCGACUAAAGAGAUUUUG